GGGGCGCGGGGAUGCGGCGUGAGCUGUGCGCGUCUGCACGGAAAGUGCUCUCAGUCCCCACCGCUUGCUCCCUCCUGGUCGGAGGCCACCGGUCCGGUGCUAGCCUCCCCACACGCCCCCAUGGCUUCUCCGGACGACCCUCUACGAGCAGGUCACAUGGCGGAGGAGCCCGUGGAGGACACGGACCCCAGCACUCUGCCCUUCAACGUGCCAGACAAAUACCCUAUUCAAGACACGGGACUCCCGAAAGUUGAAGAGUGUGAUCCAAGCCCUUUGGACUGCCCUACAAACCCGGAUGUGCAACAUCAGGGAGAAGAAAAUGGCUUUGCAGACAGCACUGGAGAUCCCCUGGCAGCACAGCCACCUGUCCUGGGCCGUCAGAGCCCACCGUUGCGUGAGUGUGGACACCGAGCCUCUUGCCAAUUCAGACAGAACAUGAGGGACGGAAGAGCUGAGGCAGCCCGUGGGCGCUUGCUGACACGUGUCCUGUCUGUUCCAGAUGUGAGCGAGGUCAAGUCCUGCCGGGACAACUGCACUUGCUCCUCCUGCUCGCCCCGGGCCGCCACCAUCAGUGACUUGCUCAAUGAUCAGGACUUACUCGACGUGAUCAGGAUAAAGCUGGACCCAUGUCACCCGACGGUCAAGAACUGGAGGAAUUUUGCCAGCAAAUGGGGCAUGCCCUACGACGAGCUGUGCUUCCUGGAGCAGAGGCCCCAGAGCCCCACCGUGGAGUUCCUGCUCCGAAACAGCCAGAGGACGGUGGGCCAGCUGAUGGACCUCUGCAGGCUUUACCGCCGGGUGGAUGUGGAGACCGUCCUGCGCAGGUGGCUGGACGAGGAGUGGCCCAAGAGGGGGUGUGGGGACCACCCCAGACACUGCUAGACCUCUGCUCCUUCUCCCUGGCCUCUUUGGAACGUUGAAACAACCCAGGUCAGGGCGUGGCAGGAAUCUGUUCUUUCUCAAGAACUGAGGAUAAGGACGUGGAACGGAGGUUCUCCCGACGCUGGUGGUUGCGGGGGAAGGGUGCAUUAUGUUUUGGUGGUGGAUUUUUGCUUGUUUAGUUUUGCACAUGUUUUAAUUUAAUAUUUGAAUCUGGAAUUGGCAGAAACAUUUCACAGGCUCCUCUAGGGACCCAGCCCGGGCCCGCAGUCAGAACAGAUCCGUGCCACCAUGAAAGUUCCCCCCACGUGCUGCUGAAGGUCGAAGCAGGAACUCAGACGGUGAUGGCCCCACACGGCCCUCGCCCACGGGCUCCUUCUCGGCCAGUGGGCGCUGCUCCGAGGCCGCGGCACAGACAGGGCGCCUGUGGGGUCUGCUUGUGACUGGUUUGUUUUAACGUACUUGGGGAAUGAACAGGACACUGGUAUUACGUGGUGAUACCUUUCAGAACACCUGCACCCUCCUUUUAUUCCAAUGCUUUUAUAGUCUGUGCGCUAUCAAAAAUGUCAUUUGCUCAAGUAUUUUUGAAAGAGAUACAAAAAAUCAAUGGUGACUGGGAGGGCGGAGUCGGGAAUCAGUAGGUGAAAGGGCCGUGGGACUGGGGUUGGCAAAGAGGGUGCAGCGUGCCCCUUGGUCACCCACAGCCUUUAAAAAUUAGCUUGAAUGGGACUUUGACAUCUUCUGCAUGAGGCUGGCUGUCUCGCCCGCCCGAGAGGGAGCUCUGUUAACAAAGAAACACAAAUCACCUGGCCCCCAGGUGAGCCGCCCCUUCCAGCACUUACUGUCUCAGCUGAAAGCCACUUACUUAGCCAGCAAGGGGUGGGGGGAAUCUUUAAUCUUCUUGCUGGAGGGGAGGAUAUGCGAUAAAAUCCAAAUUUUAAACCAAAUGAAAUAUUGGGUCCAAAGAUCUAAAGUUCUUACGUGAUGCUUAAGGGGAAAGGGAAUCAUGGCAGACGGAAGUGUUUGUUAUUGGACAGACCAGAUUUUCUAGGAUUUGGUGGGGGCGGGGGUGGGGGGAUUGCAAAGCUUUAGUGUGCUUGACAAUUUCAUGAAAGUGCUACUUGGAUUUGGCUGUGGGUUAGAAAAUUAAGGCACUCUGUUCAAUUGGGGAGAUGCCGUAUGUCUGCUUAAAAUAAGCAAAAGUGAUGGGUUAAUAUUGAUUAGAGCAGUACAAGAAAGGUUAGUGUUAGCUCAAAAGAAAACAACCAAUGUUUUUUGGACUAAUGGUUACCGUGGUUUUUGUUAGGUUGCUGUGAUGUAAAGUCAGCCUCACCAUCAAAUGUAAACUCCAAACUAGCAAAUCCGCUAUUGCCUCUCACUCAGAGACUCAUGCCUCUGAUUCAGCUCACCCGCCUUUGUCAGGGUUAUCAGAUCAAUGUCAGGAUUAUUGCAAGAUGCAUGCAGAGUGACAGCCAGUAGUAAAAUGUAGAAAGUUUAAAAAUAUAUAUUUUUAAAUAUUUUUGCAAAAAGAAGUCCAGUGAGGUGAUGGUUAAAUAUUUAUCAUCAGCCAUGUCCUGGGCCCUGGGGAGACAGACUUCCGAGGGGCCCUGGUCUCCUGGGAAGUAGACUUCCCAUGCCAUGUCCUCAUGAGGCAACAUGUGACACACUUGUGCAUGUUAGUCCAAAACUUACUGUGGGUAAACAUAGAUGAGCUUUCGGUGUUUGUGAUCAACAUUUGAGGGAAUUGGAACUAAAAAGGUUGUGAUUAUUUAGUGCCACAUGGUACUGGACCCUGGCUGUCUGAUGGUCAUCGCUCAGUGUGUCCUGACACCCCCUUGGGAUGUAAAGAGUGGCCAGCCUGACAAGUGUCUUGCUAACUGCUGCCUGGCCUGGUGCCCCUAGAAAGUCCCCCUUCUGUCCCCAGGAUGCUGGGAAACUCCCUCCACUCCUUCCUUUCAUAGUUCCCUCCCUCAUCACCGCCCGGGGGAACUUGUCGCCCCCACUGCAGGGCAGCCUGCGGGGCCCAUGACCAGCUGAGGCAGUGGGGGAACCCCUCUCUGCUCCCAUCCUCACCCUGCUCCUUCCUCCUCCCACUUGGGGCCCUGACCUCCCCUACACAGAGAAUAGGAGGGCAGGUGGUACCUCCAGCCCACCCAGCCAUCACUCCCACAGAGGGGGGUGGAGAGGGUUCUGCACAUCCGGAGGCUCCCUCCAUGUCCACUGACAAAGGGCAACCCGAGGGAGGAGGGGGCGGAAGUGACACUCCCAACACCACCCUGGCCUCCCCCUGCUGCCGAGCCAGCCUCUCUGGGCUCCUCUCCAGGUCCCAGCUCAGGGGAGGCCCCGUGUGCCUGAGAGCCACUCUGGGUGGUGGGACAGCAGCUGGCAGAGGUGGGUGUCUAACCCUGUCAAUAGGACCACAGCUGCAAAUAAUUUUUCUUUAAAGUUUCUACUAUCCCAGAUUUUAAAUCUGGAAAAAAGGCGGGAAUCUCCCCCCUGGAAGCACCGCUACACGCGGUGAGGCAGUUCCACAGAACCAUCCGUUCUCCGAGUCGCAGGUGUGUGACUCAAGAGUGCUCUGUGGGCUGUGGGCUGGCGUGGGCACACAGGUCCCUGCUGACCCCUCUCCUAUGGGACAUGUUCCAGAAUUCCAAACUCAGGAUUUCAGUCUCAACACUGACUUUUUAAAAAAGAUUUUAUUCAUUUAUUUUUAGAGAGGGAAGGGAGGGAGAAAGAGAGAGAGAGAGAGAAACAUCAAUGUGCAAUUGCUGGGGGUUAUGACCUGCAACCCAGGCAUG